CUGAUCUUUGCAUACAAACAAUAGAAAAUCCAACCACUUGUCAUACUCGACUCGUGUAUAUAUAUAGUAUGGCAUCAAAGGGUAUUAAAAAACCGUUAUAUAUAGGCAAUUUAUUGCUACUAUUUUUAUAGCAGAGCUAUUUGAAAAAUUGGAUAUGUUGUUGUAGUAUAUAAUUGGUAAUUUUUGAGAAAUGGCGAAUCAAACGUUUAACAUUAUCUCCUUGAUAUUUAUGUACACAUACAUAUAAAAUAUAUGAACCAUUGCGGUGGAAAAAUAGCUCUUAUUUUGUUCCAAAUAAUACUCGUAUGAAUUUUAUUUUCAUAUAGAGACGUUGAUGUACAAUAACAAACCUAUGUGGAAAAAUCUCAUAUUUUAGUGUUGUUUGGAACAAAAUAUGAGCUAUUUUUUCACCGAAACGAUUCGUUUAUUGUAAAUUCCACUCCAGCAGACUGACUAUGAGAGUGAGUACUCAUUUUUUUCUUGAUAAAAUAUACGUCGUCCCAUCAGCACUGUAAUACAGUUUGUGAAAUCCCUUUUAAUGCCAAUAUCAAUAGAGACAGUCAGCUAAAGCAUAUAUAAAAUAGCACCGUAUCUAUCAUGCUCAAUAGUAUAUUCGCUAAGAAUAGAAGGUAAUUUGCUGUUGAGCGGUGGAAACAGCUCAGUUAUAGUCCAACAUCCAACAAGAACGGUGCAGUCAUGUUCGGUGCUGUUUUUAUUCAACCGUUAUAUUCGGAAUAUAAAGAUAUUCAAAUUUAAAUAUUUUUUCAACAGAAAAAAAAAUACGUAUUUUAAUUCAUACACGACACAAAAGUAAAUACAACUGUAUAUUAACUAUAGUGUUUUAUUGUGAUAAAUAUGAAAUUCGACCAUUACAAUUAAUAAGAAAACGUGCAACUAUGAUAAAUCUAUUGACAAAAGAAUUCAAAUUAUAAAAUAAAAGAACGCGAGACAAAAAAAUACAGCCAUUCAUGUCAUUUUCCAUAACAAAAGAAGCUCGCAGUACAUAAGUAUGCUCGUCACUUAUCGUUCGUGUGUGAUGUACGCGUAAACGAUUAUUUGUCCUAUAUUCAUAAUCAAAGUAAAUGGCAUAAUAUCAAGAGUUAGCCGAUGUUAUAUGCGGAUUCGUUAGAAAAGGAAUAUUUUUUAAUAUCAUAUAAAAGCCAAUACUGCGUUCAGGUAUAUUGUAGCUAUAUGAUUGUUAUAAAUAUGAUAUAGCCUUUUAUCUUUAAGAAACAUUCGUCGUUUUUAUGGCAUCGUUUGAAAGAACUACAGAGAUAACAAAGCUAAAAUCUCAAAGUUGGUGAUUUAUAUAGAUUUAUUUUGGCGUUUGGACUGAUAUCUGGAGAAGUCUUGGGAAAGAAGUAAAAGUUUUAAGGAAGAUAAAAUGAAUAGCCAAUCGGAAGGUGCAAACAACAAUUUUGAAAAUGAGAUUUUAUCAGUGGAUGAUAUUUCGAAAAUUCCUCGUUUGCCUGGAGACGGCGCCCAAGAUGACUUCGAUCAUUAUAAUGAACCUUCGAAUAUUGAACAAAUAAACAAUAUUGGUCCCCACGCAGUAAGCGUGCGAAAUAGUAUUUCAGGUUCCGUGCAAACACUUAAUCAAGGAAAAGUUAAAUCGACUGAAAAUCAACCACCGUUUAAUAAUGAAGCUUAUUCUGCAUUCAAGCGUGGAAAUGUGGUCAGAGGCAUUUUAUGCCCAUCACUCACAAACUCAUUCCGCGCACGAUCAUUAGAGCAUAGUUAUUUAACUUAUUCACACAGGCAACGCCAAAAGUCUCUGCUAAUUGUGAACGUUGUUGAUUUAAUGCUGAAAAUAGUUUUAGCAAUAAUAUGGAUAUGCAGAAAAUCUGCUGAACUUCCCAUACAGCCGGAGCAUGUUUCAUGGACGAUUUGUUGUGCCUUUGCAAAUUUGGGAAUUUGUGUUCUUGGUCUGUGGAAAUGUUUUGCCAAUAACUAUUUGCAUUGGGCAGCAAUUGUUAGUUGGCUGUUGUUUAAUGUGCAAGGUUUUGUUGGAGAAUGCGUUGGUUUUGCCGAUAGAGAAUGUAUGGUUUGGUACAUGCUUUUUAUUAUAUUCGUACCGUAUGCCAUGUUACCAGCACCCCUAAAAUUUUGCAUGAUUGGCGGAAGCAUUUCGGGGUUUGGUCAUUUGUUGAUUAUAUCUACUGGAAAGCUGCAAAAGAGUAGUGAUUCAAAUUGUAUAACACGGCAAUUGUUGGCGAAUUCACUUCUAUAUUUGGCUAUAAAUUUUGCUGGAAUGUAUACAAAAUAUCUUACUGACCGUGGACAGCGAUUAGCAUUCAUUGAAACACAUAAAGCUAUGGAACACAAAAAAGACUCGGAAAAAGAGUACAAACGGACACAAAAACUUCUUGAUUCUAUUUUACCAAUGUUUGUGAACACUGACAUCAGAAAAGAAACGUACAAAGGAGCCGACGCAAAUGUUGAUGCUCAAUUCAAAAAAUUGUACAUCUACCACAUGGAGAACGUUAGCAUUCUUUUUGCUGACAUCAAGGGGUUCACUGAAUUGGCAAGUAAAACAUCGGCUCAACAACUUGUGAAAAUUUUAAAUGAUUUAUUUGCACGUUUUGAUAAAAUAGCCGAAGACAAUCACUGCUUACGGAUAAAAUUGCUCGGCGAUUGCUAUUACUGUAUCAGUAUGUUUGAUAGUCAAAGUUGGAAAUCGCGUCCAGAUCAUGCUGUUUGCAGUGUAGAAACAGGCCUUCACAUGAUAAAAGCCAUUAAGGAUGUUCGACAUAGCACCCGAGUCGACUUGGACAUGAGAAUUGGUAUACACAGUGGUUCUGUUAUGUGUGGCGUCUUAGGGAUUAAGAAAUGGCAUUUCGACGUCUGGUCAAACGACGUGAUUAUUGCGAAUCAUAUGGAAUCAGGAGGAGUUCCGGGAAGAGUUCACAUAUCUGAAGCUACGCUGAAAUGUCUCAAUGAUGCAUACGAGGUUGAACCCGGUGAUGGUGGGAGCCGUGACAGCCAUUUGAAGAUGCUGAACAUCAAAACUUAUUUAAUUAAACGAACGGAGCCGCUAAGAGCACGAAAACGUUAUUGUGCCCGCCGCAUGAGUGCGAUAUCCGAUCAAACUUCAAGAAGUGAGCUUGCAAAAAAUAGUCUGUCAUUUAUACAUGAAAACUCUAGUAACGACGAAAGCAAUAAACGGCAAACAAAAAGCGACUCGCGGUACACAAUCCCAGAUGAUGAAAUACCAUUUGAUUGGAUUGCGGAAAUCCCAUUUUGGAAUCUCAACGAAAGCGAUGAGAAUCAUAUGGAUACAGUUAAAGGAAAUGAGUAUGUGGCACAAGAAAUGACGGCACCCGUUGCAUCAAUAGAGGAAGAUGUUGACGAAUUUAUUGAUCAAAGUAUUCAAAUCAAUUCAAAUAAGCAAAUGAGAAAUGAGUAUCUGCAUCCAUUGACGCUGAAAUUCAAGGAUUCCACACAGGAAUCGAAAUAUUGUCAACUACGUGAAGACAUGUUUCGAUCGAAUGUAUUAUCCGUAUUUAUUAUUUGGAUUUUCAUUGUAUUCAUUCAAGCCAUGAUUAUACCACGAUGCACAAUAUUAAUAAUAUGUCUGAGCGUUUCGACUGUGAUUUUAACGUUUCAAAUGCUUCUUGUGAUGGCCGAAGAGUUUUCUACUUUGCCAAUGUUUCUGCAAAAAAGUUCAGCGUCAUUAGUACAUCAUCGUGAUUUUCGUACAUUUUUCAUAUGUACAAUCAUAUUUUUAUUGUCAGCCGCAAGCUCCAUGUCCAUUCUGUGUCCAAUGGAACUAAAUCAAAGUGUUAACGAUUUUAACAUGACAAACCGCAGCACCAGUCAAUCCAAAUCAGAAAAUAUAAAUGAAUUAUAUCCAAAUAAUCUAUCAAAACUUCAAAUAACCAAUGAAUUGAACAGUAAUCAUAUUGAAGACUCGGAUAAAUUUAUAAAUAAGAAUGUAAAAGAUCUCCUUUCGAAUCAAAAAGUGUCACGUAAUUUAAUUCAACCGAAAAGUCAGACAGAAACCUGUACUCAUCCGGAAUAUUUGGUUUUCACGUGGGUUUUGUGCUUAAUUGCACUUGCAACGGGACUGAAAUUAUAUUAUCUUGUCAAGACGUUUAUGGCUUCCAUUAUGGUGUGUUGCUAUGCAAUGCUGAUUUCAUUUAUAUUUCCGGAGGUCUUCGAAGAGGCUUCAGUAGAAUCUGAAGUUAACUCAAAAUAUGGAAUGCCACUUACAAUCCGAAUGAAUAUUAUGCUUAUAGUUUUUCUUACAAUGGUAACGUAUCACGCGAGACUGGUUGAAGUCACAUCAAGACUGGACUUUAUUUGGAAAGAGCAAGCUGAAAAAGAACUAUCAAAUAUGAAAUCUAAUAGAGUUCUAAACGAUUUACUUAUAAAGAAUAUACUUCCCGAUCAUGUUGCCAGUUAUUAUUUAUCGGAUGGACGUUCUGAUGAAUUAUAUGCCAAGAUGCAUAGUUUAUGUGGUGUAAUGUUUGCAUCAAUUCCAAAUUUUCAAGACUUCUAUUCGGAGGACAUUGAAAAUGGGAAGGCGUGCAUCCGGAUUUUGAAUGAGAUUAUUUGUGAUUUUGAUUCAUUAAUGGAUGAGCCACGAUUUGCGUCGGUAGAGAAAAUUAAAACAGUUGGAGCCACAUACAUGGCCGCGUCAGGAUUGAAUCCAAAACAUCAGUCGGAGAAGGGUGAAAAUGAGGACGAUUGUGUCUGUGAUUUAGUCGAAUUUGCCAUGACACUGUGUCAAAAAUUGCAAGAAGUCAAUAAAGACGCAUUCAAUACUUUUCAGCUCCGAGUCGGUAUAAGCAGCGGGUCAUUGGUCAGUGGUGUAAUCGGGGCCAGAAAGCCUGUUUACGAUAUAUGGGGUAACACAGUGAACGUUGCAUCACGUAUGGAUUCAACAGGUGAAAAUUGGAAAAUUCAAGUACCUGAUUACACUGCAAUGCACCUAUCUUCAAAAGGAUACACUUGUGUUAAACGUGGUGAAAUCAAUGUGAAGGGAAAGGGCAUAAUGACCACAUAUUGGGUAUUUGGAAAAGGUGUGUCCGUCAAUCAAAUCUUACCAGGUCCAGUGCAAGCAGGAAUACCACAAGCCACAUCACCGUCAUUCCAACGUCAAGUAUCACAUCAUACUUCGUUAGCAGCAGUUGUCUAUGGAAUGAUGCAAGCAUCGAAACGAACAACUAACGUAAAUACAACGCCCAACGAAACACCAUCGCCGAAAGUUCAUCGCAGGGGCAGCACGUUUUCGUCCGUUCGAUUGUCGCAGAAAGUCCCGUCUAAUCCAAUCAGAAGAAACACAACUCGCGCACGAGCAAGAAGCUAUAAAAAGGAAAAAAACGCAGUUGCAACUGUUCCAAACACACCGAAUCCAACCAAUACGAUGGCGAACACAUUUCGUUUUGACCUCACUUUGCGAAAACAAGAGACUAUUUUUCAGGACAAAUCAUAAAAAAUGCUUCCAAAGUCGUUUCAGUUGGGAUGUUGUUUUUAUAUCAUUUGAAUUAUAAAUUAACGAAGCAUACCGUAAGAAGAGGUCAGUGUCCUCAGAGCUCAGAAACAGCAAAGAAAGGUCUUCACGUUCAAAAGUGCAAUUCAUCUACUGCACCAUUGAUUCCUCCGAAGUAAACAGAGGGAUGGUUUCAAUUACCUACUGAUUAAAGUUGUAAUACUGAUUAAACUUCGAUAAAUGCCGACUUGAAUGAAAAUCUUGUGGGCAAUUUUCUACACAUUUAAUUUUUUAGUUCAAAUGUUUUGAAAUUUUGUCGAUUUUUAUUAAUUAAUCUAACUAUACUUGGCAACUAUAAAAUUAAAUUGGUUUUUUUAAGUUAUCACAAAAAGCCAAUUUGAAAUCUAAUUGUGAAACAAUGGACAUUUUUGUAAUGAGUCUCCAAAUAUCAUUCCCACCAAGUUCCAUAAAAUAACAUAAAGUUUUACAUAUUGGU